GUGUGAUAAUUGCGCAGGAAUACUCAAUCACAAGCGAAAUUCAAGCUUGUAGCUCGAAUUGAUGCUUAUCCGUGGUUUCACCCUACAGAGGAGUGGCGUGUGUGGCUUAUUCCCAGUCACAAACUACCAACCUGAAACUGGCGUCAAACAGGCGACGACCGCAAAUAUAUUGUCCUGAGCGGAGUUCCCGCGUGGCUUUGAAUCCCGAUCUUACUUUUUUUUUUUCUUUUUUUUUUUUUUUUUUUUUGAUGGAAAGGCAACCCACCCAUUGAUCGAUGUUUAGCCUGGAGGCCCGAAGAGAUUCAAGAAUGGACAUUAAUCAGCAGUGCUCCUGCAGAUUAGAAUCUUUGCUAUGAAUGAGAGAGGAGAACACAGCUUCACCAGGGGUAAUGCCCCACGCAGCCCGCAAAUGUCUGAAGCUGCUAUUGACAAUAUGACUUUUAAUUCGAAUACGAGGGUGAUGCGCGUUGCUUUCUCCUCUUUCGAUGAUUACACAUUCUUACUUCUUGCUUGAAGAUGGGAGCAAACGUCUCAUAUCUACAGCUUUUCUGACAAAUUUCCUAACCAAGCUAUUUAAAACUUCCAACUUCUACACGCCAUAACAAAUGCGGAUGAGAUGCCUUCAUAUCUGAAAAUGGUCUGAUGAUUUUGAAUCCUAAUCUGGCAACUGGUUUAGGUCUGUGUCUGAACGAAGCUUCACUGCGCCACAAAGAGAUACCUGUCCCUGUCCGCGUGCCACACUCAGGGCAUUUACCUUAUUUGACACUACAUUUAACGUCUCAUGUGCCUCAAAGCGACUAUAUAUCCACUUAGAAAGCGUCUCAAGGAGUCUGAUUCUGCAAAGGAACGCAUCGCAGCGCCCCUACUCGCUGCCUUUAGAAAUAGUGAGGAUGGAAGCUAGUCAAUCGAAUUGAGCUUGGGUGUUAUGACUGGCAAUGUAAAAAGGGGCCAUUUUCCCCCAAGAUCUAUCUCCACUUUUUGUCUAAGUAUCAUCCGCAAGCUUUGAAGUUGUCUCUAUUCCCACUCUCAUUUUUUCUGAUAUUCUAUCUUUUGGUGUGUUGGUCACCACUCGUUCAAUUUCUUGCCGUCAUAUUCCCGAUUUUUAGUAUUUUAUUUUUAUGCGCCUUUAAUAUUUUAUUCUGUCAUUCCUUUUUUGGUCUAACAAAAUCGAACUAUGAAGUCCUUUCUACGCAGCGCGUUUAUUGGAGUUCUCGGUCUUUCAGGUGUCUUUAGUGCGCCUUUGAAAGCGCCCCAGGUAGAACGGGGAUUUACGGAUGUGGAUAUCCUUCAAUUUGCCCUGACUCUCGAGCAUCUUGAGAAUGUUUUCUACAAGGGCGCACUCUCUCGAUUCACGGAGAACCAUUUCCGUCAGGCUGGGUUUGAUGCCAGACUGUUCCAGCAGCUGGGAUUUAUUGCUCAGGAUGAGGAGAAUCAUGUAGUGUUCCUUACACAAGCUCUCAGAGCUGCAGGAGUUGUCCCCGUUUCAGCCUGUGAAUAUAAUUUCCCGUACACCGAUAUUCACAGCUUCCUUGCACUGGCAUCUAUCCUGGAAGGCAUUGGUACCUCCGCUUAUUUGGGCGGUGCGAGGGUUAUCACGAAUAAGGAUAUUCUUACACAAGCAGGUGCUAUUCUAGUCUCGGAAGGCCUCCACCAAUCCGUCCUCCGUAACAGUCUCAACCUGAUCUCCUCAGCCAAGGUUACCGGCACGCCAAUUGAUACCAAUGCUAUCUUUUCUUUGGCUGCUUCUUUUAUCGUAUCGUGCCCUCAGCAGAAUGCCUCCCUUCCAUUCCGGGCAUUCCCAACGUUGAUUCCAACCCAGCCCGGGCCCCACGCUAUUUCCUCUCGCGCCCACUUCCGUGUCGGAAGGAAUGUUAAUAUCGGCGGAGGUUCACUCUUCCUCACUUUCGUUAGUGGCCUCGAUAUCGUCAGUGUUCUGGUUGAGCCUGUUGACCUACUCUUUGCUGUCGCCAUUCCGUCGGUGGUCAGCGGGCAGUCAUACGUUUUCCUCACCAACUCCGAGGCUCGGGGAUCUAUUGCUGACAAUAUCAUCAUUGCUGGCCCGGCAAUCAUAGAGGUUACCCCGAGGGCCGCUACAAUUGACUUGGCAAUUUUGUAAAUAGUUUAGCCAAUGGCCCAUCUGAUUUGUUGCUCCUCCUGCCAGAAUGUGCUCGUGGACUACUGAUUGUUUCCACCGAUUCUUCGGAUACUUUUUACAUUACUGCAAAGGGGCAAUUCGUGAAGAUGGAUUGUCAUGGAACUGUGCUCUGUCUACAUUGUUAAUUCCCUUUCCCUUUGAAUGCAAACCCCUUUCCCACACCAUUUUCUGUUUUUUUGUUUCGUGCUCCCGUCUUAUUUUUGCGAUUUGCUAUGCCAUUUUCAUUUUCAGAGAGAAAAGAGAAGGAAGAGAAUGAAGACGGAGUAGUAUGUCUAGGUUUUAGAGACUUCACUUCACUUCUCGUGGUUGAUGACGAUCAUGUAUUCGCUCAGAAAUGAUAGUUUACCAAUGCAAUGAAUGACCUAUUUAACGAUAGAUGAACGUAAUGGAAUAUUCAAUACAUUUAAAUUUUUUACGC